AUGUCAGAAAAGCUAAAGUUUCCUCCGGAUAUCAUUUUAACCAAUUUAUAUACUCGCUUUACCGAGACAGCCUUUCGAAAGGCUGGAGGAGUGCAGAAAUCCAAGAUGACCGCAAGAUAUGAAGACAAACUUUUGUGCUAUAUGUUUACCCUUUGCUUGAUGCUCGACGCAUUCCGUGUGGACCCAGAUUCGUUAAGCGAAGAUCUGGCGGUGACUACUAACAAGGUUUAUAGUAUAUUUAGAACGCUAGGAUGCAAAAUCGAAGGAUUGAACAAGUCUGAAAAGGAAGCGCUCGGUAUUAAUGGGGCACAAUCGAAACUGGUGAAACGUGCUGUGUUAAAUGUCCCACUGGUGCUUCCGGAACCAAAAAAGAGGAAAUACGAUAGAUGA